AUGAGAUGGUUUGGACAGCCAAUCGUCAAUCACAAUUUCUUCCUCUUCCAUUUGCAGGGUUUCAGUGAUUGUGUUAAGUGUCUCAUCGACGCAGGAGCCAAAUUGGGCCACCUUGACAGAUCCGCUCUCAGCGUGCUCCAUUACGCCGUAGAUGGUGAGAACACCCGCGUGAUUCGUCAGCUCAUCGAUGCUGGAGCCAACGUCAAUUCACCUGACUCAGAUAUGUUAUGGACUCCGUUGCUAAGAUGUGGUAAGGAAAAUAUAUCAUCUUUGUGA